AUGCUGGCAGAUGACGAGAAGGACACAUCUGUGGCAGAUAACACGACUUUCAAUCUCACCUCCAGCACCUGGAGAAACUCUAUUCAUGGCUUUUUCAGAGGAUCAUCAACCAGUCCAGACCGUUCUCUACGAACAGGCACUGCCCAUGUAGCUACAGCUGCUGUUCUCGGACACAACCACCAGGCGAAUAGCCUGAAGACAUCGUUUGCUACUUCCAAUUCCGGCCACGGCCAGGGUGUGGUUCAUCUUGUCAGGGUAAAUGAGUUCGCCGACUCCGACUCAUCCCAGAACAGCAUAUACACCGAGGAAGAAAUAAGAUCAGCGGAAAACAUCUAUGCUAUAAUACGAGAGUAUGAAGAUACGCUUUUUUUCCGAUUUGAGGAGGCUUUUCUGAGUGAUUCGGACGGUGAUGGCGAUGAGGCGGCGACGAAAGCUACGAGAUUCACAGAAGCUCCACUUCUGCAAAACCAAAAAGUCAACCCUCUAAAACCACAGGCAAAUGCUGAAGAAAAAGAAGUCAGAGGACGUUCUAUUGGCUUGGGCCAGCGCCGUGCCAGUCGUCAGCAGCCCAUUCCUCCUCCUCUACCGACUACCUCGCAAGCACUCUCACAGUUGAUUGCUUCUACAAGGCUAUCGCCGCCAGCAGACCCAAAGGCUUCUACUGAUUCACCAGCAUCUAAAGUUUCUGAGAAGAAGGAAUCCGGAGUUGUCGCCACGGUACUUCUUCCGAAAACUCCAAACGAUCAAAACUUCUCCGUUCGAACUCCAAGCUCUCCUACAUAUCCCGAACCAAAUGUCACACCAUUGCGUUCGAGUCUGACAAAGGAUGAAAAUGUGGUGGAUAUUGAGGAGACGCCGCUUGGAAGCGUAGAUACACCGCUAGAUAUCAUGGACUCUUCCGAAUAUCCACUCGACACCACCAAUUGUACGGAGAUUCUAUUAGACAGUGCUGAGCGGUCCAAGGUUAACCGAGAUUCGCUCAGUUCUACCACUCAAAGUGGAGGAACUCGUGGAUCAUCUACUGCUCGGGGGUCUGGCAACUCUUCGAACCGAUCCAGAGGUUCACACGCCUCUCGAUUUUCUCGAGGGUCCAUGUCUACUCGGGACUCUCGGGACUUUCUCAGUCUGAGCUCCAGACAUUCUCGUGAUCUUCUCAGACAUAGAUCUGGCCAUUCUCUAGAUUUUCUCGGUCUGAGCUCUCGCAAUUCUCGAGAUUUCAUAACUCAAACGUCUCGUGAGCAUGCUGGAGCGAUAGCCACAGGGCAGGGCUCCACGGGCCAUGAAAAAGCAGCAGACGAUUCAUUUCCAGACUCUUCUCAUACCAGUUUAUCUCUUUCUAGUGGAGAAUUACUCACCAAACUUGAUCCUGGUCGCCCAAACGCCAGUCCAUUUCUCAUUGAGAAGCUCGGAAGUCCUGAGCGACUUCGUUCUACUGGCGAGUCACCAGUCACUCUUGGCUCUAAUAGAGCCUCUCCAAGAGAAUCAGCAAACCGUCAUGGAUCGGCCUCUGAAGUUCUCGGGCUUACUGCGGGCAUAGACUCUCAGUCAGAACUCCCAGUUAUGCUCUACACUGUCCAAGAUAGAGAAUCCAACAAUACUAGGUGGUCCGUUUACGAAAAGGAAAGGAGAUCGCUGGGUUUCCCGCAACCUCCGUCGCAAUCGUAUGGUGGACUCCGUUCUGGGUCCAAUUCCGCACGCAGCAUAUCCAUUCUGUCAAGAAGCAUCGAUAUGCCAUUUGCAGAGAAUGUGAAGAGUCAAAGCAAACCACCUGGUGUUCCACCAACGGCUGCCAACAUUCGGGGUUUGAAGAGUCCGCAACUGAGUCCUUGCAUGGCCGACUCGGCGUACCGAGGCACCAAGGGCAGUUCAGUUUAUGGAAGCUCUAUAUCUUCCAUUCAAGGUAGAAACUCUGGCCGCUACGACGAUAAUCGUGUUCCUCAUCCUGGAUCAAUAUUGCUUAAGGAAGAUGCAUCAGUUCUGGUGCCCAAUUCGGUGCAACAAACCCGUGUACCUUCACCAGCCUCUUCUGUCAAUCAAGACACCGUCACCAAACAGCACCACCAUUUGUCAAUGACUGGUCACAAUGAAAAAAGUGGCCAAUACUGGCAAACGCCAUCCAAAGCGAAUGCAAUGCCGUGGUCGAAGUGGUUUACCAUGAUGGUGAUGGGACUUGUUGCGGUUCCAAUCUACUUCAUGUUAGCAUUUGGAUUCUUUGAUUAUGGCGGUUACUACGAGUUUUCACUGGAUCGGACGUUGAAUGAAAAACACGACGAUGUUCUGGUGCGAUAUUUCCGCAGAUACACGCGAUCACAAAAAGUUUUGAGCUGCAUCUUCGGAGUGUUUUGGAUCAUGGUGGUGUUAGCCAUGAUAGGUGUAGGUUUUGGGUUGGCAAUCACCAGAUCGUGA